AUGCCAUCAGACCCAUCGCUCUCAGGGCGGUGUCCGCCAUCGCCAGAGCCCUCCCUGGUUUCCCCAUCCUGGCCACGGGAGGGCAUCGACUCUGCAGAGAGCGGACUGCAGUUCCUCCACGCCGGAGCCUCAGUGUUACAGGUGUGCAGUGCAGUCCAGAACCAGGACUUCACAGUCAUUGAGGAUUACUGUGUGGGUCUGAAGGCCUUGUUGUACCUGAAAAGCCUGGAGCUGAGGGACUGGGACGGCCAGUCUCCUCCCACAGAGAGACAUCAGAAGGGAAAACCAGUUCCCAGACUGGAAGAGCUGGUGGGACAGAGCCUCCCUAGCUUUGGUCCCUACCUCCAGCAGAGGACAGACGUCAUCGCGGACUACAAGAAGAAGAUCAGAAACACAGGACCUGAAGUGAUAGAAACCGACAUCAGACAGGUCAACUUGUCCAAAAAACCUGUCCCUGCUGUCAAGGAUGUGAUAGCCAGGGCGCUGCGUCACAUUGGAACAUAUCAGGAUCUUAGUAACAUGGAGCAGGUCCAGGCUGUGAUAGAUGAGGAGAUGUGCAUCAACUGUGGGAAGUGCUACAUGACCUGCAACGACUCUGGUUACCAGGCUAUAACGUUCGACCCAGAGACCCACCUCCCCAAAGUGACUGACAGCUGCACGGGCUGCACUCUGUGCCUCAGCGUCUGUCCCAUCAUCGACUGCAUCAAGAUGGUCACCAUGGCAAAACCAUAUAAACCCAAGAGGGGAGUGCCUGUCAGUCCUGUCUGCUGAAGGGACGGACUUCCCACCUAUUUAAUAAUAGAAACAGAUAUUCUAAUGUUUGUUUUAAGUCAUCUGCAACAUGAGGUUUGAGACAUUUGUUGCCUUCUAAAAUUGAUGGAAUUAAUUUGGAUGAUGUAAAGCAGGGCUAUCCAAUUGGCGGCCCGAGGCCAAAUCCGACCCCGGGGUGAUAUUUACUGGCCCUUUGAGAUUAAUGUUAAAAAGUAAUCUACUUUUUUUUUGAAAGAUUUUUUUUUGGGCCUGAGUGCCUUUAUUCCAGAGAAGGUGUUAAAUUGAGAGAUAGAGGGGAAGACAUUGCCUGAAAACUUCGGCACGCUCGGAUUUCGAACCCACCUACUAGCUACUGUAGUGACAACUCCUGUCAUUUAUUGCAUCUCUGCGUGAAUGAUUAGAUAAUUUCACCGAAAUUAAAUCAAAUUAAAUUAUGUUGAUGGUUAAAUUAGCUUCACAUGUAGGCCUACUGAGUUCUGAACUUGCCAUUUAGAUCUAUAAAGGCUUUGGGGCUAUGUUGUUUGAUUUAAUUAAAGACAAUAUAUGCACUCCACUAUGCUGUUGUAGUAUUUACUGUAUCUGAAACUCUUAAUAUGAUUGCUCAUAUUCCAAGCCAUCUUUUUCCCGGCCCCUUGCUUUGGAUCAUUUUCAUCAACCGGCCCCCAUUCCAAACUAAUUGAAUAGCCCUGAUGUAAAGAGUUGAAAAGUGGUAUAAAGAUUACAUCUCAUUUGGUUUUUCUGCUUGAUAAAAAAGAAUGGUAGGGUUUUUUUGAGAAAUGUAGUCUUGAUUAUAGGAAAUACUACCAGCAAUCAUUUUGUAACGUCAAUGUUUACAAUAAUGAUAUCAAUAUUCAUUUUUCAACAAUUCAACUGUUAUUCUGACGCAAGUUACGAAAUUGUGAAUUAUUUAUUGUAACCCUUCUGUAAACACUUUAUGUGAAACGCAAUAACAGACUUAAAUUACUUUUUUUAAUGUGCAUUAACUGUAUGCUAAAUGUAUGUGUCUUUGAUUGGGUCUAUGAAUAAAAUAAAAGUUGUCUUAUGCAGCAGCA